AUGUAUAAAAAUGUGGAAGAUGCAAUUAAAAUAGAAUCUAAUCCUGAUUUAGAAUUAUAUUUUCAGUGAGCAAGGGCACAUGAAAUUAGAUGAGAUAAAAUUGAAUAUCCUGUCCUUUUCCCUCCCGGAUAUAUAGGAUCUAGAGCCAUUGCUUCUAUAGAGCCUGAAGAAUCGAUCAUCACAGUUCCUAACAAUAUGCUGAUUACUACCAAAAUUGCGUUUUUAAGCGAAAUAAAACACAUUUACGAAGAAAAUCCAGAUUUAUUCAGUAAAAUCAAUCCUCGAUACGAAGAGCUUAUUUUGAUCACUUUUCUAAUAUGAGAGAAAUGCAAGGGAUCUAAUUCUGUUUGGUAUGAAUUCAUUAUAUCUCAGCCUGUGCAAGUUGAAAUCUUACAAGAUUGGUCUAUUGAAGAAAUUCAGCAACUUCAAGAUGAAGAUUUAGAAUAUGAAGUAAAAUAAAUUUAGUCACAAUCACAACUUUCAGCUGAAAUAAAGCUGUAUUCAGAUUGGAAACAAGCAAUUGAAAAAUACCCUCAAUAUUUCCAACCAAACAUGCUAGAUUAUGCAGAAUUUAACUGGGCGUAUAAGCUCAUAGGCACAAGAGCAUUCGUAAAAUUCGUCCCGCAUUGAACUUUGGCACCAAUAGCAGAGCUUCUUAACCAUCAUAAUACAAGUACUUUUUAUUGCUACAAUUUUCCUAAUGAGAUCUCACUCCCCUCCCCCCUUUAAAUUGGAACUAAAAAUUUUGUUCCAAUUUAAAGGGGGUUAAUUGUUUUUUUUAAAAAAAAUAUCAAUAUAAAAUGUUUUAUAAAAAAAUAUAAAAAUUUAAAAAAAAAAAAUUUCAAAAACUUAUCGAAUUAGAUCUAUAAAUUUAUUUAAUAAAGCGCUAUUUACUCUUUAUCCUUUAAAACAAAGCAAGAUAUAACUAAAUUUUCAUUAUUAGUUAAUACGCCACUAUUAAUUGGUAUCAAAAUUAUUUACACAAAAAUUAUUAUUUUUAUUGAUAAAAAAAAAUUAAAAACAAAAAAAUUUUUGGGAAAUUUAUCGAUCAAAGUGCUAAUUUUGUUUAAAUAAGAUGUUAUUUAUACUCUAUCCUUUAAAAUAAAGCAAGAAAUAAGUAAAUUUUGAAAUUUUAUAAAGAAUUCCUAUUGAAAUUUAUAUCAAAACUAUCCAAAUAAAAAAUAUCAUUUUUAUCAAAAAAAAAAAAAUUUUUUUAAUAAUUUUUAAAAAAAAAAAAAAUUAAUUUUUUUUAAAAUUUACCAAUUAAGGAUAAUAAAUUUAUUUAAAUAAGAUGCUCUUUAUACUUUUUUCUUUAAAAAAGAGCAAGAUAUUAAUAAAUUUUUAAUUUUAGUUAAGAAGAAACAUUUAACUUAUAUCAAAACUUUUUAGAUAAAAAUUAUAUAUAAUUUUUUAUUAUAAAAUUAAAUUUUGUUCCAAUUUAAAGGGGGGUUAAUUUACCAAAAAAGUGGAAAUUUUACCGAUAUUUUUGUUCCAAUUUAAAGGGGGGGGAGUCAGAAUCAUUAUCAAGAUAUAAUUACUUUGAAGAAGAUGAAGACAAUGAUGAAGAUUUUGCAGAGAAAAUUCCUAUUACAACAAUAAACUGCAAGCAAUUAUUGUCUAUUAAUAAAGAUGGAAAUGAAAAUAUUGAUGAAUCAUUGAGAAUAAAAUAUGAAAAGCUUAUAAAAGAAGCUGAAAAAAUUGAUGAUAAUGAAAAUGAUGGAAGUAAAAAAUAUAUAGAGAUGAGAAAAGAAAGAUAUCAGCAGCCAAAUAUAUACAACUUUCCUGAUGAUGGCGCGCAAUGCGCCAUCAUCAGGCCAUGUCGGGAGAGGUUCCUCAUGGAGGAAUGGUUCCACGUGUGGGAACCCUCCUUUUGGUUCGUGAAAAAAGAGGGUUCCACACGUGGAACCAUUCCUCCAUGAGGAACCUCUCCCGACAUGGCCUGGUGAUGGCGCAUUGCGCGCCAUCACCAGGAAAGUUGUAUACUUUUAAUAGAAAAUGAUGAAAAACAGCUGAAAAUUGUUGCAGGGCUUAAUGACAGAUAUGAAGCUGGCUCAGAGGUAUAUAUGAGUUACGGAAGAGAUUCAAACAAAAGGCUUUUAUCUGUCUAUGGAUUUUCUUUGAAAGAUAAUAAGUAUAAUUAUGCAAGAAUCAAAGUCAAUUUAACUGAUCUAUCAAGUAAUCUGAAUCAGAUUCAAUACAUGAUAAACUCUAGUCUUGAUGGGAUUUAUGCAUUUAAAAUCAGGGAACGUCACUUAUGUUUAGGUAUUUCAUAUGCAGAUCUUUUAAGAGUUAUAAGAGCCCUUAAGUGGAGUAACAAAUUCCCAGAAGCGGCUUUUUUCCUUCCAGCAAGCAUUGACUUAGAAAUUCAGACAUUUGAGUAUGCAAAAAAUAUUCUAAAUAGAUGAAUCUCUCGUUAUCCCACAACAUAUGAGCGUGAUUUGGAGCUUCUUCAAGAAAACCCACCAUUAAAACUGUAUUUUGCUGUAAAGGAUAAUUAGUUAGUAUAUAGAAGUGAAGUCAAAAAAAUAUUGCUGAAGCAGAUGCAGUUAAUAGACAUUAUAAUGAGACUCCUAAUGAAAUUAAAAAUAGGAGCUGAAAUAGAGCAAGCGUUAAAUGAAGAACUCGAGAACUCUGAAGAUGGAUUAGGAAACAAAAGAGUUAUUGAGGUAUAUUUAGAUAUGCUGAAAUAA